AGACUCAUGUUCCCAAUAGCACUCCCCCUCUGGGCGCUAACCAACUUUGCAAAGUCGACCGGGAGAAGAACCUGGCGCGGAUGUACCCUCGUGCUACUAAAAGCCUACAGGAAGACCCCCCCCUCCUCGACCAAUCCGCCCUUCACCGGAUUCAAGCGCGGAUAGUCAAUUCCAGCGGGGAGGCAUGUGACUUUGGACCUGGGAGUGAGGGUGGGAUCGAGAUCCGGUGUCGGAUUGAGGGC